GUUACAAACCACAUACUGAGUAUGAAAGGAAUUUAUUUAAGAAAAUUAAAGCAAAACCGAAUUCUACAAAUGAUGUUUGGAAAGAGUUUAAGAUAGAAAAACAAGAGCUUCGAAACUGGCCCAAUCUACAUAAAUUUAAAUUUAAUGAAACUGUUUUAAUGUCGAAACAACGUUGGGAAAGGAUGUGUCUUGAUGGCCCUAAAGAAAACAAAGAUAUUUUAUUGAAUAAACUCUUUAAAUUUUCCAAACUUCAUUUGGCAACAAUGAUAUUCAUACACGAUGCUGCUCGUGCAGUUCAAUGUCUGUUGAAACAACGCCUUCCAGUAAUUUAUCCGCAAAUCAUAAGUGAGAAUAUGAAAUAUGUACCUAUAAUUUUACUUUUUAUGUAUGCUUAUGCAUGUCUAAAAAAUAUGCUAAAACAUGGUGACGCAGAUCAACGAAAAACAAUUAUCAAUUCCGUGAUGGGAAAAUGUUAUGCUGCGACUAUACAUUCAAAUACUGCUAAAAUGAUGGCUUUAAUUUACCCGUUUUAUGUGACUCUAGAGCAGCCAAAUAAUAUGAUGCAAGAAUUAUAUGGUGCAUCUA